AUAAAGAUCGGUUAAAGUUUCAUAAAACAACAACCAUGGAACCAAGAUAAAAAGUGCACCCCUAGUAGACCCUAAGACCUUGCUUAAUUAGUAUUUUGGUAGAACUGAACUUUAUGAUUUGUCCGACUUUUCUAAUCUCUUUUCGCGAACAUUAAACUCUGAUGUUUCUGAUAUUAGGUCAUUGAUUAGCAUUAUCAAAAGAUACGAGCUUAUAAAUUUUGAACGUGUUAUCAUUAUUGUUCAGAAUAAGAUUAACAAGCAGACACAACGAGCUAUUCAUCAACGUGAAUAUGUUAGUUUAUAUAGGUAUUAUAGUGCUAAUUUGGUCCCUGUAUUUAUACGGUACACAUGGAUACGACUAUUGGAGAAAGAAAGGCGUCAAAUAUGACAAGCCAUUGCCUUUUGUGGGUAGCACAUCUCGCAUGUUCCUCCAGAAACAAAGCUUGACCGAUUACUUCACAGAAUUGUACAGAAGAUACCCUGAAGAAAAGUUUGUCGGAUUUUAUCUCGCAAAUUCAAAAGCACUUAUGAUCCGAGACCCGGAAUUAAUAAAAAAUGUCCUAAUAACAGACUUCAAUAACUUCUAUCCGAGAGGAUUGAUCGCUCACAAGACUGUGAGAGAGCCGAUGAUGAAAAACCUGUUUUUCGCGGACGGAGAUUUGUGGAAGCUGCUUCGGCAGAGGUUGACGCCCGCCUUCACGUCCGGCAAGCUGAAGGCGAUGUUCCCUCUGAUCGUGGAGAGGACUCAGCGGCUGCAGCGCACGGCCGCCGCCGCCGCGGAGCGCGGCGCGGAGGUGGACGUGCGCGACCUCAUGGCGCGCUACACCACCGACUUCAUCGGCGCCUGCGGCUUCGGCUUAGACACCGACUCCAUCUCCGACGAAACCUCAACGUUCAGAAAGCUAGGCAAACGUAUUUUCACGUUCACAAUUAGAGACGGAUUAAUGUUCUUUUUAAAGGAAGUGGCUACGGAACCAUUUAAAAAUUUUGAAUAUUUAGCGCCAGAAAUUGAAAGAAAUACAGUAGCUUUAGUUAAAGGUAUCAUGGAGCAGAGAAACUAUAAGCCUUCAGGCAGAAAUGAUUUUAUUGACUUGCUUCUAGAAUUGAAGCAAAAGGGCAAGAUUGUGGGGGAGUCUAUAGAGAAGAGGAACCCAGAUGGGACACCACAUAUUGUGGAGUUGGAGAUGGAUGAGCUGCUGAUGGCGGCGCAGGUGUUCGUGUUCUUCGCGGCAGGGUUCGAGACGUCCUCGUCGGCGACCAGCUACACGCUACACCAGCUCGCACUGCACCCUGACCAGCAGGCCAAGUGCCAGCAGGAGAUCGAUGAAGUACUCGCCAGAUAUGAUGGAAAACUUUGCUACGAUGCCGUAAAAGAGAUGCAAUAUUUGCACAUGUGUUUUAAAGAAGGUAUACGACUGUUUCCUUCGCUGGGCUUUCUCGUAAGAGAGAGCACGGAUAGCUACCAAUUUCCUGGUACAGAUGUCACCAUCGAAGAAGGGGUAAACAUCGCCAUACCCUUGCAAGCCAUCCAGACAGAUCCAAAGUACUUUAAGGACCCUGAGAAGUUUAUACCGGAGAGGUUUGAUCCAGAUAAUCUUAAGGAGAUUCAGAAGAAUACGUAUCUACCGUUCGGAGAUGGACCUAGAGCAUGUAUUGGUGAGCGCCUUGGACUAAUGCAGUCGCUAGCAGGGCUUGCAGCGAUCCUCUACAAAUUCACAGUGGCGCCAUCUAAGAACACGCGCGUGAAGCCGCUCGUCGACCCCGCGGCUCAUAUCGUACAGAGCGUCAAAGGCGGCAUACCUCUGGCUCUGACUUUGAGAAGCUAAACGUUAUAAUGUACACUUAGCUUCAAAAUUUAAUUUUAAUUUAUAGUUAUUAUAUUGUGGUAUGUUGAUAUAUAAGCCGAUAACCAUCACUACUUGUUGACACAUGGACGGAUGUCGGAGGAUCCUGAGGGCAGAGGCGGCACUAAUAGGUGUGGGCGACUUGGAUACCGCCUACGGCCUCGCGGUCCGAGGGGCUUCGCGCCUCAAAUAAGUGCCUAAUGUACCUAUAUCUCGGACACAACGUUAAAAUGUUCGUUAUUUCUUGUGCCACCAGAGGGCCUCGCUAAAUGUACCUUGUGCCCACAUAAAAUUUUGGUCUUGCCGCGCCACUGCCUGAGGGAGUCGGAGAAAAACAGCGUGCACUUCGUAUCGAGUAUAUUUGGAAAGUAAAAUAAGUACAUCCAAAUUCACUAGACUAAAUCAAUUACUUACUGAUGACAUCGCCACCUAUGGACUGUAUAGGGAACUAUGUACCCUUAUUGGAUGCGUAUUGAUUAUCAAUAAAAGACAUCCAGGUUUCGAUUAAGUAAAUAAAGGGUCAGAUAGAUGGCGCUGUUAACGUCACAAGUGAACACUAUCAUGUUGUAAUAAAUAAAUGAGUUUGUGAUAUAUGUUUUCAUAUAUAAAAACUGUUGGAAUCAUUGACAUA